GUAGGAUCAAACUUGGCCAUGACGCGGAACGAGAAUCUUAAGACUGCCUCAGAAAUUUCGAUACUAAAAAAUCAUCGAGUGUUUUAUGUAGUCUUUCUGAUUUCUUUGACGCAAUUGCUGUCAAAAGGUGUCUGUAUCUAAAGAAAAGAAGCAUCUGUGAGAAGAUCAACUUAACUGACUGAAGAUGGCCGAGGAGUUUGAUUUGAUUCCUGCAAACGAAAAAUGCGAUACGUUCAAGGUAGUGUUCGAUUACUACAGUCCCAGAGCUCAUUUUAUCAUUUUACCCCGCAAUGAGUUUAUAAGCACAUACUUUGAGUUGGAUCAAAAGGCCAGGCCGAAGGUAGUCAAAUCAGCAUUGUCGAUAGUCUCUGGAUAUAAGCUUCAAAAGUCGGCUAUUUUGUCAAUCCACUUUGGGUCGUGGUUGACAACAAAGGACAAGUUCCAUGCACAUAUAUGUGUAGACGUAGAAGAUUAUCUCGCUAUUUUUGAAGGAAACAAGCAAAGAAUUCCCGGCUGGCCCUCGUCUGACUACGUCACGAGGCAAUGGAAAGCGAGCAAAAAUCCUAAUGACUAUCCAAUGAACGUUCGCGGAUAUCCCUUCCGAACAUAUUACUUGGAAGAGGUCGAAGCCAUUCGAGAGUAUCGGAGAAGUCCAACUGGUGAGUCCGAUAGCUCAUGUCCUCCUUUGCCGCUCAACUUUCUCCUCCAUCCGUCGGAACCAAGGGUCGGAUUUGCAGUCGAGAAGUCGAAGGAACCAAGCAGUUGUGAGUCUAAGUUUGAAGCCCUAGAAGCGAUGAUCAACUUUGCAGAACAGAACAACCUUACCAACAUUAAAUCGAAAGAUGAUAGCGAUGGAUGCCACGUGUGUUUGGUCCUUGAUGGAAGGUCGAAUGGUAAGUCCAUUCUUGUCAACCUGCCUUAAAAAGCUUUAAAGAAUUCAGAUGAAAGCUCCCCUUAGUUUACUUCCAAGUGCAUAAUAUGUUAGACAAGAAGCUUAUAUGCAUCUGAUUAGGUUUAAACAUUGCUUGGCGCCGUGCGGAAAAAAGCUUCUGAACACCGAGUAUGACCCUGUCACAUAGAAUGAUUCACUCUGAUCGUAAAAGCAUGGAGUUGACACGCUACGAAGUCGUAAAACGGGACUGUUUUCUGCGAAGUUUUUCAGUCGAAUGACGUCAAGAAACUCUUUUAUUUUACGGUCAAUUUUCCUAAGAAAUAGCUAGCUAAGAGAUAUCGAAGCGGAAAAGAAUGUGUGAGCAAUGAGCUAUUCUGCCGUCGAUGUGGAACCUGAUUAAAGAGACCCGAACAGAAAAAUGUGUUGCACAGUUCGUCAGAGGAGAGAUCUGCCAUUGAACAUCACUUUGAAAGAGGAUUUCGUUAUGGUACUAUUGUUAAGUUUUUAGAAAAAUACUAUGGUAUUUGUAGGAACUUGAGGACUCUAAAGAGAAGAUUGCGUGAGUAUGGGUUGAGAAGGAGAAAUGAAGUCCAUUCAGAGUACGAAGUUCGGGAGGUAAUUAAUCGUGAAAUCGGAGGCCCUUCAUCACUUCCUGGAUAUCGUUUUAAAAGACUUCGAGUCGUUUAAUCGAAAUUCGUGCCUAUUUCCAACCUAAGCUAGUGUCAAUCGCGACGAACAUUCCUUUUCAAUGUCGAAAACUACACAGACCAUGUGAAUAUACAUUAAUUAGUUUCAAAUGUUAGUCGCUCAGAUCAAAGGUCACCACUGCACAAACAAAACAUCGCAUGACAGAAGUUUAAAUAAACGUGACAGUUCAUAUGGGUCCGCGUUGAACGUGUAAGAAAAAUCUGACAAUUAUGCGAUGUGGAACAAGCUAAAGAACAAGCUACUACAUUGCUGUUCCUCGGGACAUGGUCAUGCGGAUUUUACGAGAGCUUGAUCUUGCUUCUGAAUCAUUUUUCUGUUUGGGUCUCUUUAAUGUUCCACAUCGACGGCAGAUAGCUCAUUGUUCACAAAUUCUUUUUCACAUUUGUGGCAGAACAUCGCAAUACACUUGAUACAGUUUAGUCCGUUGGCGUAGUGACUCCAAGUCGACCUAGUGCAACCUAGUGCGAGACAACGUGCUGCAUUGUGACAGAGUGCCGACUAUUGGCGCAAGUGUCACGAGACAGAAUAUUUUUAUCGAUUUGCGAAAGUUUUCUGGAUUUGGGAAAGAUUCUUGGAUUGUAAACUAUUUUGGAUUUUCAUGAAAGUUAUUUAUGGAUCUAUGAAUUGAACCAGGAUUUGAAAUUGUUUUCUCGACUUGACAAACUUUUCAAAAGCAAUUUGUCUUAAAGAUAUCGAUUCUUCAUAUUUUUUCGGAUUUGCAAAAUAUUUAUGGAUUGUCCCUUUCGGCUUCCGUAGGAUAUCUGGCAUACAGCACUACCGAAAUGCAAGCCAACUGCAAUCCUUCUCCCUUUUGCAACUGAGCAAUAGCUGCAAAAGAUGCGUGCAUGCAUUCCGAAAUAUAUUUACUUACUGCUUUAUCCCUCAUUGCAGGCUUCCUUUUGGAUGAGGAGUCUCAGAUUCUCGUUGGCUUCAUUCAAGUAACUGGACUGAAGUUCUUCAGAGAUUUGUGUCCUCAUGACAAGAGAAAAGGGUGGUUCACCAAAUUUAGAACAAUGGGGGAUUAUAAAGUGUUAACCUGAAUAUCUCCUCGCGACUUGUUUAAUUUCAUCUUCAGUUUCGUUUUUGCGAAGACAGCUUAGGUUGUUCUUCGUGGUCGUUUGAGGUAUAAUGGAUUUCGUUGAAUAGAUUCACAGAUAAAUCCUAUAGUUUUUUUCAAUCAAUCUACAUUUAUUUGACUUAGAUAAAAAUAUAAUUUAUACAAGUUUUUGUUUUAA